CUUGUCAUCAUCGUUUUUUGUUAAUUCGGUAGUUAGUGUGUCUGGGGUAUACUAAUUACUUAGCAGAAAAUAAAAUCUGUUGAAACAUUUCAUAUUCUACACCUUUCACGAAAUUGAAAAGUUAAUACCGAUUUAGAAAACGCGUGUGAUACAGUGUAAAAAUAGUAUGGACCACUGGUCUUGUGGUAAAAAGAAGCCAGUGGAAAAAAUAAAUAUCUGUCAUCGUAUUUUUUUCAAUAUUUUGCUCUCAUAAGCCACGCAAUUUUCAACGUAGUAGAUCGUAGUUAAUUUUGUCAUAACGAUAUUUUGUAUAAAAAGUUUAAAAAGCAAAUAGAAAUACGAGACUUGUUGGUAAUUAAGUAAACGAACUGAAAAAAAUCUCACACGAAGAUGAAAAUCGUGCCAAUAGGUUUUCUAAAUUUUUUUUUCAUAUAAAAUUAAACAAAACUUCAUCACAUCAAGUGCCUUAAAUGGAAAUAACUAUACUCUAUUUAAAACAAUCCGCAACUCAAAAUUACAGAAAAUAAGGCUUUAGUAAGAAUAUAACAGUAGCAAACAGCGGUAACAACGAUAAAAUUAUAUAUAAAUUAAAGUAGCAAUAGUCGCAAAAAAGUAGAAUAAGAUUACGAAACUACGACACUGUGUACGGUUUAUGCCUUAUUUAUUGUAUGUUCUCAUAACUUAAAACAAAAGCAACAAAGAUAGUACCCAAAUUAAAAGAUAAAAUACCGUUUGUUGAAAGACGGGAAUUCUGUGAUAAACAGUGUUUCUAAAAUUGCCUUGAUAUAAAAAACGGAGGAACACAUGAUAUAGAAUAAUUAUAAAAAUAAAUAAAUAUUAUCCAAUCAUUACAAAAUAGUGCUUCCUUCGUUUGUCGUAGCAAAAAUCGUGAAGUGAAAAUUUUCGUUUCGGAGUAAUAAUUAAGCCGAAAUAUAUUCCAAGAAAUCGUAAUAUUUUUAAACAAAAAAAAAUUGUUUUUCUCAUUUAAAAUCUUGAGAUUGUGAAUAAAUCAAAUUACCUGCUGCUACAGACAAACACAUAAGGUGUUGAGAAACACGUUACCGCUUCUUCCCUAACUGCCAUCAUGGAUUCGCAGGGUUAUGAAAAUGCACGUAACAUGACACUGCUCUUUUUCCUUGAGCGUCUCAUGGACAAGGGUGAGGCGCGUACCGUUCACGACUUAUCCUGUCAGUUUGGUAAUAAGGAGUUCACUAAGGAAAUGCGUCAGAUUGCGGGCGGUAGUCAAUCGGGUUUGAAAAAAUUACUCGCUCAGCAUCCGUCAAUAUUUCUUGUGGACGGUGACUAUGUAAAGGUGAAUACUUAUCAGCACGCUUCUGAGGACGAAAGCGGAUUUGGCGGUCGACGUGAUUACAUUAAAGAGGCUAAAGACUACUUCAAAAACAAAAUGCUGCAGUAUGGCGUCGGUGUGGAGGUCCCAGUGCGUAGUCUAUUGGGCCAUCGUUCGCAAGCGUCACCACAGGUGCGGCAUAUAUCAGGUCAGCAUAUAAAGGAAUUCACCGAAUUUUUGCAAAAGCAUACGGACACGUUUAAAGUGGUAGACGAUCAUGUGAUGCUUGUGGGAUGCGAAGAUAUGACCGAUUUGCCGGCACAAGAGCGUCUUCAUUUGCCGCAGAGUAAUAUCGAUACGAAAGCUACUCAGCAGAUGUUGGAUUUCUUUGCGCAAUGCAUCGAGACGAAAGGCCCCAUUUUGGUGGAUCAACUAUUUCAUUUAUUGACGGCGCGCUUUCCACAAGAGCAAUGGUUGCGCAUGUUCAAAACGCCCAACGAUCUCUCAACCUUUCUUAAGCUCUUCUCUGAUUGUUUUCACAUACAAGCAAAUCUAGUCACACUGCUGCAGAAGCCCAAAUUGAGCGACUCCUAUAUACAGCAAGCGCAAGCGCGUUCGCGCGAACAAUACAACUCAAUGAACAACAACAUUAACAACAUGGCCGAGAAGAACCAGUCGCCACCACCGACACAGCCGGCCUUGAGCGCCGUACAACAACGUUUGCAAUCGCCAGCAUUGCGUAGCUUUGCCAAUAACAAUAACAUAAGCGCUUCAUCGCCACAAAGCCCGAAUCUAAACAACUUAAGCAACAACAACAAUAAUUACAGCAUUACAUCACCGAAUUUUAAGCUAAAUGCGCCAGUAUCCAACAUUUCCAGUCCGUCGGCUGCGUCGGUGGCAGAGAAUUCGGCGCAGUCACGUUCAGAACCCAACUCGGGCUUUGACAGUUUCAUACAGAUGACAGACGUACAUCUAGACAACCUCUGUGAGCGCAAUUGUCCUAGCCCAAACACUUGCUCGUCUUACGGUCAAUCUGGCAACAAUACUCCAGCGCCUGUGAACGGUCAAAGCAAUCUGAAUUUACUACAAAACGUCGCCAUACCCACACAGGUGCCUACCGAGCGUCCCAACAGUCUUAACCAGACGUUAAAGCAACGUGUUAAUAAUUUGGUAAUACGCACAUUGGCCGAGAAUUAUGAAAAAGACAAACAAUCACUGGCUAAUCAAGUGGGCAGUGCUCCCGUUGGUUACAACCCACAAAACUCUUCCACGCAUUCAAGUCCUGUGCAUUCCAAUAAUAUCAACGCCACCAAUUCCAAUCCCACUGCUACAGUCAACACGAAUAAUGCACAGCAUUCUCCUAGUCACAAUUACUUUGUCGGCGACACCUGGAAGAUCAAGGUGCUGCAGAACACCACAGUUAUUGCGAACGUGAAACAUUCCAUGUUUGUCACAGAAGCUAUGUUGAAGUUUGCGCAGAGCAACCAGAGCAUAGUCAUAUCUUUGGACUGUGAAGGCAUCAAUUUGGGAUUGAAGGGCGAAAUCACACUCAUCGAGAUAGGUACAACUCGUGGGGAAGCUUUCAUCUUCGAUGUCCGCACAUGCCCUGAAAUCAUCAGCGACGGUGGCCUGAAGACAUUGUUAGAGCAUGAAAAUGUCAUCAAAGUCAUACAUGAUUGCCGCAAUAAUGCUGCGAAUUUAUACCAGCAAUUUGGUAUACUCUUGCGUAAUGUCUUCGACACGCAGGCAGCGUAUGCUACUGUGCAGUACCAGGAGACAGGCAAACAGGUAUACAAGGCGAAAUACAUCUCAUUGAACACACUAUGCGAGCAGUACAAUGCGCCUAUCAAUCCAAUCAAGGAACAACUCAAGCAGAUUUACCGUCGGGAUCAAAAGUAUUGGUCCAAGCGACCACUAUCACGGGAUAUGCUACUUUAUGCGGCCGGUGAUGUGUUGGUAUUAAUAAACGAUCAGCUCUAUGGCAGCCUAGCAAGACAAAUAAAACCGGAAAAUCGACAGUUAUUCUCUGAGCUCUGCACCGAACAAAUACUAAUACAAAUCAAACCCAAUGAGGUGAAAAUACGGAAGAAACAACGUAAAGUAACCACCGAGGUCGCUGAUCUCAAACAAAAACUGGAGCAGUCUAACAAAAGUAUAGUGCUGUCGAAUCGUGAAAUUCGCUUAUUACGCUACAUGGACCUGACUGAGGAGGAAAAAGACCGUCUAAAGCGUAACAACAAUAAAGUCGCAAAGAAAUUCGAGAAAAUGGAAUCGGCGGGCAAUCAAACUAGAGAUCAAAGUGAUUCAGAGGAUGAGCAAGAACCCAUUGAAAAUGAUAACUUCCCAAGUCUCGACUCAGUGCCAUCAGAUAACUCAUUAACGGGUACAUUUUCACCACGCUUCAACUCUGAACCACCCAGCUUGGCUGAGUCAAUGCAAAUGAUGGAUGAAAUUUUGUCCGAUCAGUCAAUGGAUCGUGUUGUGAAAUUGGAUAAGCUAGAAGCGAUAUUGUCAGCUGUUACGCAAAUGCCAAAUGAUCAAAUUAUAACUUCCAAUGCGAUACAGGAUCAAUUGGGCUCCAGCAUAUCAGCCACCGACAGCGUGCAAAUUAUACGUGAAAAAGUCAAAAAUGCUAAAAACUGCAGUUGCAAUUGUGAACGUAGCACUACACCAACAAUGCGCAUAAGUAACAAUGAAAAGAAGACUGUGAAGUUGGUCGACGCUGCAUCUCAAACUCUUAGCACUGGCGACAUCGUCAUUACAAAGAUAUUCUUCCAAGAUGAACAAGGAAAACCGAAGGAGAAAGUGUUGACUUCAUCCCCAAAACGCCUCGCGGCAUCACCGAUUACCCAGUCAACAGCGACGGCCACAGCAUCAUCGUGAACUAAGGACUUCGUAGAGUAAUGAGCUCAGCUUUGUUUUACACAAAUCAUUUGGCAAAUGUAAAAAUGGCAGCUAUGUAAACUAAGUAGUAAAACUAUUUUGGGCAAUAUCUAAACAAACAUAUCAAAAUUAAAGCAGUCAUUUCAACGACAUGGAAAUAUACCCAACACACUUGCAAUAUAUACAUACACAUAUGUACAUAUGUACACAUUAAAGUUUUGUUCUAAUUGCUAAGCGUAAAUUGUUACAAACAUUCAUCUUCUACUUGUCCGUAUGUAUUUAUAUUUUAUUAUAUAUUUUAUUAGAAUUUGUAUUAUCUUAUCAAUAUUAUAUUUUCUCUUUUUUAAUUAAAUGCGUAAAAAGCGCAAAAGUUUAUUUAACAGAUUUAUUUAAUUAAGUUUGUUAAAUUUCCAAAAUGCAAACCAUUGAUAUAUAAGUAGGUAUUCACCUCAAUUUAAAGACUAAUUGAGCCAUACUUGAAAAUUGCUAAUUUGUGUACUUUUGAAAUGAGUAAAAUCUAAGUUUUGUAUGCUUAGACCCAUUUGUAAAUACCUAUGAUCAUAAAUAUACAGUAUCUGCCCGUAUAAUGGGAAGACCAAGUAA